ACGGAUGGCCAAGAAUGGUAAUCAAUCAUCAUCUUGGAGAAAUCACUCAUGGGUUACUCACCAUGACAAUGGUGAAACUCUUUAUUCACCUAACUUAACCUCGUGUGACUUUUUACUGAGCCUACGACUUUAGUUAUCACUUCGUGGAAAGUGUUUUGAGACGAUUAAGGCGAAAAACAGAAUUUUCAGAAUGAGUUCAAGCCGAUUUCAAUAUUAGCCUGAGAAAAGGGUUUUGAGGAUGGUAAGAAGCAAAAUCGGGAAUAAAAAUAAAAACGAAGGAAUAAUUUAAUCACUUCCUUUUUAAUGGCAUGUAUACAGAAUCGAAAACACGCCGUAUACUUUCGACAACUUUUCUAGAGAAGUAAUAUAAUGAUGGUUAAAGAAUCAAUGGCCAAUGGAUUUAAUUUAAAAAAUCAUUCUAAUUCGAUUAUCCUCUAAAUGGAAAAAAUAUCGUUGAUUUCAAAGAAGAUCAUUACACCUGUCAAAUGUCAUUGAUCACACUCUCCUUUGUCUGUCGGCUUGUAUGCAUAAACUGCUCUUGAACUCUGUUUCUUCUUCUCUCCCCCUCUCUCUCUCUCUCUUUCUCUCUCUGUGUCUUUCUCUCCCUUUCUAAAUAUGUUCUACACCGUAUUGCAUACAAAUUAAUCACAGUUUGUGUGCACAUUGUUGACUCCUUUGUGUGCGGAUGAUGAAGAUGCUGCUGCUGCUGUUGGUGUUGCUUUUGUUAUACGCUCGUGGGCAUAGCCUUUAUUGUAAACGUACUCAUCCCACAUUUUACCUUUUGUGCUGUUACUCUUAGUUUUGUUGUGAUUGUUCCAACUUUUUUCCCAUCAUCGCUUCACAUGGAUAUACUCACACAUGUACACAUACAAACAAACACAUAGCGCAAAGGCAUCGAGUCGUCGCCAAAGGCGCUCCGCACUCGCCCAGCAGCUGAAUUGUGAUGUGGAAUAUGAAGAGUUUGGCCCAGGCUAUUGCACUGUGGGUUACUUGUGCUUGCAUUUACUUGAAAUGGUUCGUUCUUUUGCUCAUUCCACGUUUGCUGUUCUGCCAGUCGACUGCCAGCCUGUUUGGGGAUUCACGUUGUCAACUGUUGAGUUGUUCAGUUUCGUGUGUUCGGUUGCGCGGAAGAAUUCCCAUUACUUACUGUUAUUGUUACUGUUGCCAUUGUUGCAGUGCUCCUUAUUUUUGUUGCUCAUCAGCAAGUUGCCUUGCUUUUGCCUUGUGCGGAAUUCAGUGUCAAUGGCAACAACAGUAAGAACGAUAAUUACAAAAAAACAAAACACCAGCAACAAAGAAUAUUUACUACUAUCAGGCCAACAUUCAACAACAGCGGUUGAGUUCAGCUAUAAGCCAUUGCUGCUAUGACUGUCACUGUCAGCUAUCGUCAGUCGCCAGUCGCCAGUUGGCAGUUGCUAGUCGGCAGUUCGCGUUCGCCAAUCCACCAGCUCAGCUGGGCCAGUCAGCAAUCACCACCACCAAUAAUCAGUUGCGUCGUCGUCUACCAUUUCAGCUGGUCGAAUGCUUAGUUGCCAACGGUUGUGGCUGUCAGUUUCAGUCGUUGUGGAAUCUUAGCGCUGCGCAGGCGUGCCACUACUGCUGCUUUGUCUGCGUCUGUGUCUUCUUUCGUUUCUGCCUCUCCUUUAGUGAACUUCGAGCUGUGAGCUCUGAGCUGCGCCUGCGUGUCGUCUUCGGUUGUUGUGAGCCGUUGUUGAAUUGAUUGUCGUCGAUUGUUGGUUGUCGCCGGUUAAACGGGUGGUGAUUGUGCAUGUAGUGAAUUAGAGUGUAUUUAGUUUUGUCGUUUGGUUUUUUGUGCCAUAACAGCAACGACAACAAUUGCCGUUAAUAAUUCUUAACGCUUUCUCUUGCCCACACUAAGGAGUGCUUAGUGCAUAUUGUGAAUGUGUGCGUUUAUCAAGUGCUGUGCUUGAAUGGUGGAAGUGUUUCAUAAAUGACCUCGUCGCGCCUUAAGGGCCGGAUGGGCUAGAAGCAGAGGUUUCCUUCUAAUUCAAAAAGCAGUGAAGUGCAGUCGCCCAACAACAACAACAUCAGCAUCAGCAGCAAGUGUAGUUUUAAUAAAGACAUUAAAGUGAGCACCACAUAGGUACAAACACAAACUAUAAACCUUUAAAGCAAGUAAAAGUUCCGUGCCCGCAAAAUUUAUUGACUCAUCUGCCUUAGCAACACCCCUGAUUGUAUUCUAAACAUUUUCUAGUUUUCUAAUGUGUGUAUGUUUUUUAUAUGUAAAUAAAAUUUGCCACACAUUGAGCAAGUAAUUAUUUGAUUGACGACUGUUGGCAAUAAAUAAAAUUUUCAAAACGAAAUGAAAUUCUGCGUUUGGGCCGAAUUCACAAAAAUGCUUGUUAUCAAGAAAACUUGCGAGUGGUGGUUUUAUAAAAAUAAAUGCCGCAACAUGUCCACACAUUGGAAGCAGAAUGCAUUUCUCAUAUGCUGCAUACUACUCUUCGGCCUUUUGUUGGGUUUGAUUAUUUGGUGCCAGCCAGGCAGCAGCAGCAGCAGUAGCAGUAGUAAAGGUGUUGAUCAUACCACCCGUGUACCCAUCAGCAUUAUUAAUCGAUCGGAUACAUGGACGAGUAGUACAGGCUAUCCGCCUACAGUCGAUUCGCCGAACAUCAAAACGAUAUUCAUAAAUCAUUCAUUUGUUGGCGACGAGCAAUGGACCGAGGAAGAGGAUAUUAAAGAUGAUAUUGGUGACAUCAAUAAUAGCAUUCCCGACGAUUUCAUCAGUGACUUUGUUACGCCGAGAAAGGUGCAUAAUUCCACAUUAAGCGAAGAUGAUAUGCUCUAUGAGUCGAAUCGUAAUAAAAUUAGUGAAACGAAAGAUUUAUAUUCCGCCUUCGAUGAAACGGGUACUUUUCGUAGUAAAUCUAGUCAAAUAUGGGAUCCACAUCCCCAAUAUAUAAUGACUGCUUUUGGACAUGAAUUGCAUUUGGUUUUACAUCAGGAUUCAUCAUUCAUACCAAAGCAAACAUUUAGUGUAAUUCGUAUACUUAACAACAGAACCGAGGAGGAAGAAGAAGAGGAUGAGGUAAAUGGCCAUUCUCUGGGUUGCUACUACAAGGGCGAAGUGCAAGGCGACAAACAAUCGACAGUGUCCGUAUCACUCUGCAAUGGCAUGACUGGUUACAUUAAAACAAGUUUCGGCUCACUGCUCAUACAACCGGUCAAUCAGACUGGUGAUGGCGAUUCGGAGGUGUUGCACAAAGUGUGGCGUCAUUCGCGUCGCAACGCCAGACACGCAGUCGCCGAUUCGUUUACUAUGGAUUUGGAGGAGCUUGAAGAGAGUUUAUUCACAAAAUUGCAUCGCAAAAAACGCAACUACGUCGAUCGUCAUGUAUUCACAAUGGAGGUGCUGGUGGCUGUUGAUAAAACGAUGAGUGAAUUUCAUGGUGCCGAUUUGAAAUCGUACAUACUUACAUUGAUAUCGAUUGUAUCGAAUAUAUUUGCGGAUGCCAGUAUUGGCAAUUCGAUUUAUAUAUCGGUGGCGAAUAUACUGAUUUUACGUGAUGAUCGCAAAAAAGCCACAUCGGCGUCAGCGAUGUUGAAGGAGUUUUGUACGAUUUUUUCGAAGCAGGGAUAUCAUUAUGACACAGCAAUGCUCAUUACGCGCGAUCAAAUUUGUCGCAAUGAAGGCGAGCGCUGCGACACCUUGGGUCUGGCUGAACUGGGCACAGUCUGCAAACGUCGAUCGUGUUCCAUAGUACAGGAUAAUGGAUUGCCAGCCGCAUUUACCAUUGCACACGAAUUAGGACAUGUCUUAAAUAUGCCACACGAUGAUGAUGAUCUUUGUAAGCCAUUCAACAGACCGGGCACGAAAAAUAAAAUGCAUAUAAUGUCGAGUAUUAUGGGCAGCGAUAUACAUCCGUGGUCGUGGUCGGACUGCUCGCGUAAUUAUGUCUCAGAAUUUUUAGAAAAAGAAGACAAAUCUUGCCUCGAAGACACGCCCACAUUCUACAUUAAGAACUUCAACACCAAAUUGCCCGGUGAAAUUUACUCACUCAACCAUCAAUGCCAACUGAUACAUGGCAAUCAAUCGCGCUACUGUCGCAUCGACGGCGAAUGCAAGCGUCUAUGGUGUAAGAUGGAUAGCAGCAGUAGCGAUUGCCGGAGCAGUAAUCUGCCCUGGGCCGAUGGUACACCUUGCAACAACGAACGCCACUGGUGCCAGAAAGGCGAAUGUAUGCCACGUGAAGGUAAAUCCUUGCAGGUGGUGCAUGGCGGUUGGGGUCCAUGGAGCGCUUUCACGCCCUGUAGUCUUACUUGUGGCGGUGGCGUACAGGAAUCACAGCGUGAAUGCAAUAAUCCACUGCCGAAGAACGGUGGCAAAUAUUGUGCUGGCAGUCGUAAGAAAUAUCGUUCCUGCAACACACACUCGUGCCCGCCAAGCACAAUGGAUUCACGCGAGCAGCAGUGCUAUGAAAUGAAUGGUAGGAAUUUCUCCAGUAAAGGUAUUGCUCGAUCGGCGAAAUGGAUACCGAAGUAUGGAUUGUCCUCGGCAGACAAAUGCAAACUGUUUUGCCGCUUAGAAGAUAAUAGCGCGUACUUUCAACUCUCGGACAAGGUGAAAGACGGCACCACAUGUUCCUUGGACAGCUUUGACAAGUGUGUCAAUGGCAUUUGCCGGCCGGCAGGUUGUGACAAUGAAUUGAACUCACUGGCAAAAUUAGAUAGAUGUGGCGUUUGUGAGGGCCGCAACGAUACCUGCCAGGAGCACACUGGAAACUUUUAUGUGUCCGAUUUGUUCAAAUCCAAGUCCGAGUCAUACUAUUAUUAUGUGACAACCAUACCAAAAGGCGCCUCUAAUAUUGUUAUCACCCAGCCUGGUUAUCAUGAUGAGAAUUACAUUGUGCUGCGCGACGACGAACGCAACUCAUUACUCAACGGCAAUACACUCAUUAGUAGCUUCCGCAAUAUAAAAUUCUAUGCAGGCGUAACCUUCGAAUAUAAUGGCGCCAAGAACAUAGUCGAGCGUGUAAAUACUACAUUCUCACGCAGACUGAAACGUGAUCUGAUUGUAGAGAUUAUUUCCAUGAGCACCAAUGCGCCGAAGGACAACGACUCGCUUCUACUCACCUACACCUACACAAUGGAUAAACCCAUCUAUCAGAUGCCUGAUAUCGAAGUAGAGAUCUAUAAUUGGGAAAUGCAACCGUGGAGCAAUUGCGAUGCGCUGUGCCACGGCAGCUCACAUCGUUUGCCGGUUUGUGUGAGCACCACCAAAGCAUUAAAAGUGGCGCCACAAUUUUGCGACGAAAUAGCUAAACCGCCUACCGAAUAUCGGCAAUGCAACACCGAUUGUGUGCUCUCCUUGAAUGUGGCGAACAUUUCUGAGUGCUCGGCCUCGUGUGGCAUGUUGGGCACACGCGAAAAAACCUACUACUGCAUACAAACUUUUCCACAUAUCAGCCGCUCAAAUAUUGUGGACUUGUCCUAUUGUCUAUCAAAGUUCGAGUUUAGUCCGCAUGAGCCAUGUCGUGAGGGCUGUUGGGAUUACACCGAAUGGUCGCCGUGUUCGAAAUCUUGUGGAACUGGCACACAAACACGUGGUGUAGCUUGCAUGCUGAAUGGCACCCGUGUGAGUGAUAACUUCUGCGAUCAGCGUAAGCGCGACUCCUUCCGCGAUACAAUAAGAGCAUGUAAACCCGAACCAUGUUACUCGUACGAAGAUAAUUUGGCCACACCGCGCUCAUUUGCCAACUACUGGGUCGCUGACGAAUGGGGUGAAUGCAAUGAUAACUGUGAGAAGAAUCGUACAGUAACGUGUCGCAAUCCACUCGGCUAUGGUUGUCCCAUAGAACGACGUCCGCUAUCGAAGCGAAAAUGUUGCAACAUCAAAUAUGUAUCCAAUUGGUCGAAUUGUUCUGUGGAGUGCGGUAAUGGCGUGCGUCGCAAGGAGAUCCACUGCGCGCGCGUCUACAAGCCGGAGAUCAAAGGUACGCCGCGUCGGCGUGUCAUCAUAGAUCCAUACCACUGCCGCCAUCUGCGCAUGCCCACACCAAAACGCAUGCAAAAACCCUGUAAGGUCAGCUGCAAGUGGUCCACCUCCGAUUGGACACAAUGUCCGGCUGACUGUCAUGAGGAGUAUCAAUCACGUUCGGUGUAUUGUGAAUCUGUUUUGGGCAAUCCGAUUGCGUAUCGCUACUGUGAUGCGACGAGGAAGCCACCAUCGAAAAAGAUUUGCAACAAUUGUGUGCGAAAGGAGUCGAAGAUAAUUACUUCGUGCAACUGCGAUGGUUUCAGACGUCGUCGUAUCAUUUGUCACGAUUCAACGGAUCGUCGUAUUGUGUGUCCCACAAAGGAACGUCUAAUCAAAGAAAAAUGCCCACCACCACGUGAAUGUAUGCCGCAGUCAUGCGAAGACUUGCGGCGUCUACAUCGUUACUAUCAGGAUCGUGAGUACACGAUUUAUGUGCGUUCGCGCUCGCGUAAAGUCUACUGUCAUAAUAUGAGCGGCUCGCCGAAAGAGUAUAUAACUGUUAAUCAGGUUGAGAACUAUUCCAUCUAUUAUGACUACAAAACAACAGACCCAGACAGAUGUCCGCCGGAGUCGAGACUGCGUGAAUUCCGUGAUAACAGCACAAGUUCGGGUCGUACGCAUUUCCGUAAGAUACGUAUCAGUCUGCCGGACUUGCGUGUCAUCGAGAAUGACUUUACAUUCGCAGAAACAAUGGGCACGCCUCAACUGUAUGGAUCGGCGGGUGAUUGCUAUAAUCGCAAUAAGGAAUGCCCACAAGGUGAUUUCUCCAUCAAUUUGGAAAAUACCGGUUUUCGCAUAAGAGCUGGUGCGCGUUGGGAUACUUUUGGCAAUAGUGUGAUAAUGAAGGUCUCUAAGCCGUUCGACACCUCUACUGCCUCGCGUCGCGCCUUCUGUGGUGGCUAUUGUGGACGUUGCCAAGUCUCGCAUACCGGUUUGUACCUGGAUGUUUGAUCGCACACCGGCUAACGCAACCUAAGUGUGGAUACAAAUUUUUGUUGGGCUCACAAAACCGUUCGGUAAGUGGUCUUGACACAACCAGGAUAGGCUUGGCGGGCUGGCAGAUGGGGGCGGUAAAAGCAAUGGGCGUGGCGUGAAUUUUAUGUGCCAUACAGUGACCUGACGACGGCAUUGUCCACCCAUAAGACAACAACAACUAAGAAGCAAGAGCGAGAUGGCAAUAAACCAGCAUAACAAAAAUCACAAAAUAAAAAAAAUUUAAAAUUUAUAAAUUUCAAAAUUUUAUAAUCACAAAAUAGUUAUGUAUAUUAAAAUGAUUGACGCAAGUAAAUUACUUAAUUAACGAAACUAACAACAACAGCAACAAUAAACGAAUAGACGAACGUGGUGAAUUUGGAAGCGAAAAAGCCUAACGCCUAAAAGUGCGCUCGCGCGCAUAAAAUGGCGAAUUGUAAGGCAUUGUUGGAGCAACCAAUACAACAAACUGCCAGCAACAAUCAGAAAACAACAAUAGCAAUAAAUACAGUAAAAUAGUACUAACAAAAAACACUGCUGCAGGUACGUAUGACCAAUGUGUUCGCAAACUCUACACAAGCCCGUUGAAACUCAAAGUGAAAGAGUACAGAAUUUCGCUAAAAAUUAUUCACCGUUAGCUAAGCAUACAGUUGAAUUUUCUCAACUUUUUCUUUAGUAUAUGAUUGUAUGUAUGUACGUGUGUAUAAUUUUAAGUUGUGUACUGUAUUUUCGUACAAAAUUAAAAUUGAGCAAAUGUAUAAGCCGUUGGAAAAAAGUAUUAAUUCAAAGAAAAAUAGCAACAAAUUUUAUAGAAACACGCACAAGCGAUAUAUGUAUGUAAACGUGUAGGUAUAUUAAUAUAACAUAAACUUUAUUAUUUUCAUAGAAAAAAAAAUGUACGAGUAUGAGUUGGAAAAUUUGUAAAAGAAACAAGAAUUUACUGUUGUACGAAAAUAACCUUUAUAAAAAAUUUAGCAUAGUUAAACUAUCAACCGAAUGUAUGUCUACAUACUUAUGAAUAGGUGCAUAUAUUGUCUAUUUAAUAUAUGUCUGAUAGGUUUUUAAACAAUGAUGAGUGAACGACGAUAGAGUAUUUACUUAGAAUAUGGAAUAGAAAAAGUUUCAAAGCCCUAUGUGUGAGUGCAACACAAUUUUUAACAAUUCCAUGAGGAAUUCAUUAGCACUGUCUAUAAAAUUAGAAUGAUUUGUUAAAAAAGUGAAUUAGAAACCAUUUGGCCUAUAAACGAAGGGAAUUUACACGCUUGUGUUAAAAAAUACAUUGCAAUAGUUCAGACGAAUAUUCUACAUAAAUUAAAAGCUUUUUCGAAGCAAAAACAAAGUCCAAAAUCGAUUGCAACUCCUCGGCCUCAUAAGGAUCUUUAUACCUAAUUUGUUAUAAAUUUAUUUAAAGAACUCUUAAUUUGGUUUAACAAAACACAAAAAAUUGCUACAGUAAAAAAAAACUAUAUAAAGAUGUAUGCUAUAAAAAAUCUGUAAAAUUUAAAAUUUCUGAAAUUUCGAAAACUGUUUCAAUACAGCUUUAAAUAUUCCUACAAAAUUAAAAAAAAAAAAACAAUAUUUUGAAUGAUUUUAAAGUUUUUGUUGAAAGUUUCCUAUACGAAAUUUCUAAACUGGUUAGUUUCAACUUUAAAUUUUAAAGAAAAUUAAAAAAAAACAUUAUUUUGAAGGAUUUAAGAAAUUUUGAAUAAUAUUUGAUUUUAAUCUUAAAUUUUAAAGAAUAAUAAAAUAAAAUAUAUUUUGAAUGACUGAAAUGUAGUUGUUGAAAGUUUCCUAUAAGAAAUUUCUAAAACCGGUUAAUUUCAAAUUUAAAUAUUAAAAAAAUUAAAAAAAGACCAAUAUUGUGAAUGAUUUGAAAAAUCCGAAGAAAUUUAUGUCUUAAUAAAAGCUUUAAAGCUUUCAGUUCGUAACUCAUCCAUGAAGUUUUACAAUUUUAUCAAUAAACCGGAAAGAGCUCCGCUCACACAGUUUCGUAUCUGGCAGUGUAGACAUUGUUGCAUGAAACUUGCGCUGAAAUCAGACUCUAAAAGAUCUUAAAGACUUUUGCAUAAAGCCAGUGACCAUUGAAAGCUUUCAUUACACUCAAGCAAAAGAUUUGUGCUUGGACACAAACUUCAGUGUAAAGUGCAUUUUUUUUAAUUUUCUUCAAAAUUUUUAGAUUUAAUAGGAAUGAGGACACUGUCCAUCGGUUCAAAGAAGAUAAAAACUUUUGCCAGAGGAUCAAAAACAAUUAAAAACGCAAAUUAUUUUUGUAGUUUAAGACCAACGCGCUCACACAUAGGAGCAUAUAAAUAUUUAAGCAAAAUAAAAUCGCUUGGGAAUGGCAGUUAUUUAGUGAAAAAAAAUUGCGAAAAUUAUUUUAAAUAAAAAAAUAAAAACAAAAAAAUAAUUUAAAUUGAAAAAAGUUAUAUUCGGAAAAUGGAAAAAAAUACUAAAUUAAUUAUACAAGUAUAAAAUUGAGCACGAUUAAAAAUUUAUUUCAAAUUUUUAAAUAAAAAAAAACACAAAAAAAGAAUAAAAAUACUAAAUAUCCCAUACUGAAAAUAUGUAUGUACAUAUAUACAUAUAUAUAUAUUGCUAGAAGAGUUUGUAUUUUAACACGAUAUGCCAUAUAUUUCAUAAAUUAUUUGACGCUAGUUGCUUCUCGGGGUGGAACAGAGCGCUAAACUGGUUGGGAUGUGCAAUGAAAAUAAGUAAAAAAUUAAAAAGUAAAAAUUUGGUAAGCAAUUACUAAAACUAAUAUGAUUUUUAAGCCAUAAAGAAACGCCUUUAAUGCAACGCGAUGGACAAACUUCAAUUAAAAGCAAAGAAAGGCUAACAAAAUGAAAGUAAUAUUUGUAUACCAAAAAAGAUGACAUACAAAUAUUUCACAAAAUUUAAAGCUGUUUGACUAAUAUUGGGGAAACAAUUAAACACAAAAACUUAUUUAAAACAAUGUUUAUUGGUACAAGUUUUUUUUUUUUUUUUUGUUUGAAAUAUAUUAGAAAAUUCAUUAAAAAGACUUGGUUUUCCUAAUUUUGAAUACAAACUUUGAAAAGCUUCCAACAACAAAAAAAAAACCCCAAAUUGGUCAAAAUUUUGGAUUGGGUUAUUUCUUCUGUUUUAAAUUAAAAUUUUCAGUAAAAAAGAUUAAGAACAAAAAGAAAAAACAGAAAUAAAGUAAAACUUCUGAGGCCGCUUUUAUUGUUAAAUAAUUCCUUAAUAUAAAAUUUUAUUUUAAGAAUUUCGCUUAAACAUUUUUUAGAAUUUUUGAACUUUUAAAAAAAAAAAUUAUUCAAAACUUCUUCUCUUUUCUUGGAAUAUUUCUUCUAUUUUCAUUAAAAAUUUUCAAUACCGUCUUUUUAUUUGACUAAUGUUUGAUUGCUUGAGAGGUUUCUGAAGUUGCAAUAUGCCGCAAAAGCUUAACAAAUUUUAGUAUUUUUGAAAUUUCAAAACAAAAAUAUAUUCAAAAUUCUCUAUCGUUGUUUUUCUUUUUUUGCUACUUAUUUCUUUUAUUUUAAAAGUAAAAUUUUCAAGGCCAUUUUCUUAUUGUUAAAAAAAUGUAGUAUUUUCGAACUUCCAAAAACAAAUUCUAAAGUUCUUCCCUUUUCUUGGAUGAUCUAAUCUUUUUUCAAUUAAAAUUUGCAAGGCCAUUUUCUUAUUGGUAAAUAAUGGCUUCAAUUUUAUAUUUUCGAAUUUCGCUAAUUUUAGUAUUUUUGAACUGAACUGAACUGAAAAAAAUUCAAAAUUUCUUCUACUAAAAGUAUUUUUUUAUACAAUUUUUCAAUUAAGAUUUCCAAGGUUUGACUAAUGAUGAGAAAAAAUUUAAAAACCCGUGCGUUUGGUCUUAAUUAUAACUUAAUAUUUGUUUGUACUUUGAAAAUUCCAAGGAAAAAAACUCAAAAUUUCUUAUUUUCCGUUUUUGAUUAUUUCUGCUAUUUUGAAUUAAAGUUUUCAAGGCCCUUUUUUUGUAGUUAAAUAAUAGCUUAAAAAAAUUUACUAUUUUCGAAUUUCACAACAAAAAUUUCGACUAAAUUUCUUUGAUUGUCAUAUACGAUUUGCUAAAUAUUGCUUAAAUGUUGCUGAAACCUUUUACCUUUUAUGAAUUUUGAAAAAAAAAAAUUCAAUUUCCCUAACCGCACUUCGAAUUCCACCCCAGUAGCUGCAUGCAAUCAUACAAGUCAUUUGACUCGAAUAUUAAUUUAAAUUAAUUUUAAAUCGUAACUUUCGCAAUAUAAAUUAUUUUUAUUGCAAUUAUAUAGAAAUACGUAGAAAAGGUGCUUAUAAUUAUAUGCCUACAUAUGGUAAAUAGGAAGUGAGUAAGAAAAAAAUGUAUGGGAAUGUUUUUAAUGUCUCAAAAGAUUGUAUUAACAUAAAUGUUUUAAGACUUCUUCGCAAACUUUCGAAAAUCCAAAAACAAAAAAAAUAAAUAAAAAACUAAAAAAAAGUUUUUUAAACCAUUAAAAGAAAUAUACAAUAUAUAUUUAUACAAACGCUAUUUUCUGUGAAAGUAGACGUGCGUGCGCAACGAUAAGAGCCAGUAUAUGCAAAUUAAGAAUAUUUAUCUGUAUGUAUGUAUUAGCACAUGUAACAUACUGCCAUUCAAUGUACACUACGCAUAAGUACGCAUGUAUGUGUGCGUGUGUGCAUUUGUGUAUAAUUACUUUAAAAAUAUCUGCGUAAUUUGCAUAGCGGCUUUUUUGGCAUUUCUAAAAAUUUUAAAUGUAAACAUUUUUUUCGUAAUAAGUGCCCAUUCAUACCAAAAUUUCAUUACAUACAAAAAUUAAUUUACUCGUAUUUUAAUUAGUUGUAUAAGCAAAAAUACUCAUAAAUUUUAAAAGAAACCCGAAAUAUGGGCGGAGAACACAAUUUCAAAGGGCAAGACAGCGCUGAGAAAAAUUUAUAAACAGAAAAUAAAAAAAUUUAAAUAUAAUUCAAAUCGAUUGGCCAUAACAUAAUUUGAAAAAAAAAAAUGUUUGUAUACUAAUUUCUUUAUAUUAAAAAUUUUUAGUUUGAAAUGUGAAUUUAUAUAUCGAAAAAUUUCCACGACAUUGCCACCGCGAAUCGCAUUGGUCGCAGGUUCGAUACAGCGACUCGCUUAAUUUGCCAAACGAAAAUCCGGCUAACUUUAGAUCCCCGCAAUGUUUCUCAGCGACGCCUGUGGCGUGCUGCAAAAAAAUAUAAAAAUUAAGCACAAAACUGAGCAAAAAUUAAAAAAAAAAUUAAAAACAUUGUUAAGAAAAUACCAAAAAGCAUAUCAGUAAAAUCGGUGCACUCUCUAAGUUGUUCGCACCCACAAUACGUCAAAUUUUGUUCCCUCAAAUAUAUUUCCAAUUAUAAUUAUUAAUAAAUAUCAUUUUGUCCAACACAAAACUAAUAGUACACUGGCAUUUUAUCAGUUACACCUGCGCUCACUGCCAACAACCAGCAUUCAUUUAUUCAACUCACCAAAUCGCUCUUUGCGCCAAGCGAGUCUCUACAACUUGCUACCCAACUUACAAACUAAUUAAUUAAAUAAGGCAGUGUUGUCGAUAAAAUGCCAGUGUACUGUAUUUGCUUGGCAUUGAAUAGGUUCACUUCAAUUAUGUGUAUAUGUAUUUGUGUAAAUAUUUGUAAGUUUUAAAAGAGUAAGAAAAAUUAAAAUAAAAAAAUAUAUAAAUAAAUAUACACAGAAAUCGUAUGAAAACAAAUUUGUUUAUUGGGUGGAGAACUUUUUAAGGAAGAAACUUAACCAAAUGUACAAUACCAGUGUUGUAUUUUAAAUUUUACGCCCAAUAAUGGAAAAAAUGCCUUAACAAAAUCAUCAGCUCCCGUAGCGCUCAUUUAAAUUUUCAUGUCAAAAUUUUUGUUCAGACCUGGCUGAACGCUAGCUUUUUUGAUAAAAAAUAUGAUACUUCUAGCGGAAUUUUCAUAAUAUAUAAGUAUUGUAUCCGAGUGUAUUUCUGCCAUGAAAAAGCUCCUCAUAAAAAUAUCUACCGUUUGAAGUCGGCUUAAAACUGUAGGUCCCUCCAUUUGUGAAACAACAUCAACACGCGCACACCACAAAUAGGAGGAGGAGCUCGGCCAAACACCCAAAAUGGGUGUGCGCGCCAAUUAUAUAUAUAUAUAUAUAAGUAUUUCGAAAAAACAAGAAAUAUUGAAAAAAGUGUGGGUUGCUCUUUAGGCGGUGGAGUUCUCAUUACAGUGCACCGUAGGUUGCAAGCUUGACUCAUCUCCAACUUAAAUGAGAGCCCCAUCCUUGAUCAAUUGUGUGUUUGUAAAGGGUGGUUAAGUUUCAAGGGCCGGUGUUGAUUUUGAAUAAAAUACAAUUUUUUUAAGAAAUUAUUGUAAUUUCUCUUUAUUAUGAUAAUACUGGUAUGGCUCAAUCACGUAUGGAACAAAAUAUUGGCCAAAUGAUCGCCGCGGCCUCGACGGCACACCUCCAUCUGAUGGUCCAAGUUUUCGAUGACACUGAGCAUAAUUCAGGUUAUAUGCCGUUAAUGUGCCGAAUUAUCUCACCCUGUAACUCUUGAAUUGUUGCCGGCUUAUCAACGUACACCUUUUUUUGCGGAUAACCCCAAAGAAAGAAGUCCAACGGUGUCAAAUCACAUGAUCAUGGCGGCCAAUUGACAUCGCUGCGACGUGAGAUUAUUCGGCCAUCAAAUUUUUCGCGCAAAAGAGCCAUUGUUUCGUUAGCUGUGUGAGAAGUGGCACCGUCCUGUUGAAACCACAUAUCGUCCACAUCCAUAUCUUCCAAUUCGGGUCAUAAAAAGUUCGUUAUCAUCUCACUAUAGCGAACACUAUUCACAGUAACUGCCUGACCGGCCUCAUUUUUGAAAAAAUACGGCCCAAUGAUGCCGCCGGCCCAUAAACCGCACCAAACAGUCACCCUUGUGGGUGCAUUAGUUUUUCGGCAAUCACUCUUGGAUUAUCACUCGCCCAAAUGCGGCAAUUCUGCUUAUUGACGAAUCCACUGAGGUGAAAAUGUGCAUCAUGAUGAUUUUCUUCGAAAAUUGGUCAUUCACUGUUGCCAUUUCCUGCCACCAUUCUGACCAUUGACGACGCUUGAAAUGGUCAAGAGGCUUUAGUUCUUGAGUCAAUUGCACCUUGUAAGCGUGUAAAUGCAAGUCUUUAUGCAUAAUGUUCGCCAACGACGAGCGUGAGAGGUGCAAUUGUUGGGCACGACGACGAGUUGAGGUAGACGGUUUUUCAACCACACUAUCGCGAACAGCAGUAAUAUUUUCUGCAGUACGAGCUGUACGAGCACAUCUCUUACUGACCCGGUUUGCUCAAACUUUUGCACAAUUUUUCCGAUUGUACGCACAUUUGGACGAUUAAAUUGAAUGAAAAAAUCACGAAGUGCGCGAUAUGCAUUUUGAUUUGAACGCCCGUUUUCAUAAUAAGCCUGAAUAGCUUUAACGCGUUACUCGAUUAUGUAUCUUUCCAUGAUUCAAAUUGAGUUAGUCUGUAUCUUUCUAUGGUUCAAAUUGAUUAGUCAGAAAAAAACUUAAAGUUUAGGUGUGGUUCACAUUCAACAUCGGCCCUUGAAAUUUAACCACCCUUUAUAAAGAGAUCAUCUCGCUACGACGCUUUAUUCAUGUUUUUAUUAGUUUUCGAUAUGGAAGUCAUCCGAUGGUCUCACUAUUUCUUCUCAAGCGUUCCAGCCCUUGUAACCCUUUUUUUUUGAAAUUACCGAAAAAUUCUAAAUAUUUCAAAAAUCAAUACAAACUCGUUGUUGCAAAUUCAAAUUCAUUCCCAAAGCUGAAAAAAAAAAUCGAAAACACGUGCAGAGGUAGAUUUACUCAAGACGGCGUAACUUUUAGAAGUGUCAAGCAAUGGCGAUAAAAUUUUGGUAGGAUAUUACUCAUAGAUGUGGCAAGCUAGAUUGGGUUGGGUUGUGCUGGCUAAUUUGUAACAAAAAUCUCACAUUGACCUCUUGGAUCCAUUGUGCUACCAGUGCUAUGUAUUUGGAUUCGAAGAUAUUAUUUUAAAUGUGGCAAGCUAACAAAAACAAAAAAGCAGAAAGCAGAAGAAAGCUGACUUAAGCGUCAUUUGGCGGUUGUUCCGGGAACUUUUCGAUCAAUGUGGUCCUUUUCAAGGAACGAGCUUGAGUCGAGUUAGGAUUCAGUUGGGUCUGGCAUUCGUAUCACAAAAUUCAACGUAGCUGUUUUACGCGCUCUGCCUCAAUGAUAACCUCUGUAGACUGACGUAGUUGUUGUUGUAACAGCAUAGUAAUUCCCCAUGCAGGCAUGCGAAAUACUGCUGGAGUAACAGUAUUUGGUCGGAUAUAAAUUCGGGUCGUUCCGGUUAAGAAGCACCGACUGUCGUGGUUGUCUUACGGCUCUUUUGGCUAAUGCCUGCGGUGCCCUAUGAUAUUAUGCGGCGCUAUGAUAUUAUUUUGCAUCGUACGUAUGAUUAUUUCUUAGGCAGAGGCGUUUUGACGUUGAAUGAUGUUGGUUGAAUGUAUUGCUGUUUGUGCAGAAGCCAGUUGUGUAACUGUUUUGCAGUACAAAGUAGGGUAAAGUUCGCCAGGAUAGAGAUUUGCAAUGCACCAACCGAUGCAUUAUUGUUAAUAAUUUCGAACGUCACUGUGUAGUACACAAAAAACAUCAAGUAAGUAACCCUUUAAUAGUCCAAAAGAAAAUAUAUUUUUUUGCAGAGUUCUGUCCUUACCAUUUCAGAAAAUCUAAAAAUGAAAGGCACACACUCCCAAUAAGGCAGUGUCAAAUUUUUCCUACUCCUCCUACUACUUCACCUGUAUAUUAUGCAUGAUUCAAUAAUAAACGGUUUUGCAAAAUUUGGCAACUUAUUUCGGAUGCUCCUUAAUUCGUUGAUGCAGUUUGGAAGAAAGAGAAAAAGAGGUAGAUAUACGUUUUUCCCUUCUCCUUUCAGAGUAGUAAAAAUUGAAAAAGGUCGAUGUGAACCAAAGUAUAAUUUUAUGAUAUUUUAUGUAUAGUACUUAGGUGGGUUGGCUGUCGCAAUGACACACUUAGACCUUUCGCAGGUCCAUUGUGAUACCACUGGAGCUUUCCUUACCCUACGUGUUCCUUUUCAAACCAUCCGGUAGCUUUAAUAAACGAGCAGAGCUUCGUUAUUUUUAGAUGGGCUAUGUCCGAUUCAUCGGUUAAAAAUGCUGUAUCAAGAGUGCGCAGCCUCCUCAUAGCUAAGCUUUCACAGCUAUUAAGACAGCUUCUACAGAAACCAAAGUACGAGAGAUGGCCAGUUAAUACCCCUAUCAUUUUUCUUAUAGUUCCUCUGUUAACUCUUAACAAGCUUUUUGAUCGACCGCUGUUCCAUUUCGGAUAUGUCUGUCUACUUAGCUCACAUAUUGAGAGGUUUUGCCAACUUGUAUUUACGUUAUUGAUGGGUUCCCUAUCUAUCAGUAGUUUACAAGUGGCUGUAGGCAUGGGUAUCAGCGUUGUACCGAUUCGAGCAAGUUCAUCUUUCUUGCAGUUCCCUGCUAUAUUCCUGUGGCCUGGCAACCAAAUAAGGUAUACUUUGUUGUAUUUUGAUACGUCAUUUAGAAAUUUAAAAUAUUCUAUGACUGUUUUUGACGAGUGUGUUUUAGAUUCUAGCGCUUUUAUUGCUUUCCGAGCUUAUGAAGACUUCAUUUGUGGAUAAUACUCUCGUUUUUAUUUCCGUAAGUCCCUGUUGAUGUUGUUGCAGCUAUAAGUCCGUCUUUUAUGGCAGUGACUUCCGCCUGAAAUACACUGCAAUAACCAGGUAGGCGAAAAUAUUGGCUAACUAUCGGGAUAAACCCCUCCACCUACUCUGUUGUCUAGUUUUGCGCCAUCUGUAGAUGUUUAUAUCAUUUCCCUUAACAAUAAUCCCAUUAUCCCAAUCCUUUUUGGAAGGAAAUACUGUGACGAAGGAUUUUUCUUAGUUGAUAUCCUUGGUAUGUAUGGUUCUUAAUUAUUUAUAUUCUUAACUUAACCAUUUCCAAGGAAUUGCCAUAUCUACAGUUUGUGUCAGAAAAAAGGUACUGCGAUUAUACAUGAAGUAUAAAAGAUAUAUAUUUAAAAUUUUUUUACAUGAAAGUAUAUACAAAACUACGAGUCGCAAUUACUCAAUAAGUCGAGUAUAGCCUGGCGUGCAUAAAAAUACCGCCUCAAAACGCUUCGCACACUUCUCACUCAUUUUUGUUUGGUUGCGUUUACGGGAAAGUUUGGAACGACACUAACCUGAGUUAGCACUGGCAUCGUAGCCAUUGAGUGGGACUAUUAUGCAGCAAAAAGCACAACGAAAUAUAUCUUGAAGUUACAAGAAAAAAACAAACGGUUCUUUUCUUCUGACACAGACUGUAUAUUCACGAUGCACGUGAUUGGCAUCUAUAAGUGCCUAGUUACCAAGUUCUUUAAAUACUAACCAAUUUUUCAUGGUAUUUUUGUUUGUAAAGUUUUGAUUUA